AUGUCACACGACACCGUUCACGAUGAGCCCUUGGAGCUGAAGGACUCCCUGCAAAAGGAGGGUGCCGAAAUUGCCAGCGAGGCCGUCAUCGGCGAGAACUUGGAUGUGGUACUUGAUCCAAAGAAGGAGAAGAAGCUGCUCGCCAAGCUGGAUCUCGCCUUUGUCCCUGUCAUCACGCUGACUUACCUCACUUGCUUCCUGGACAGAUCAAACAUUGGAAAUGUCAAGGUGGCCAAUAUGCCCGAAGACAUCGGUGCUUCCCCAAGCCAGUUUGCGACCGCGGUGUCCAUCUUCUAUGUAACAUACGUUAUAUUCGAGGCCCCAUGGGCGGUCUCGAUGAAGAAGUUGACUCCUCGCAACAUUCUGACGGGGCUCUGUAUCGUGUGGUCUCUGACAACUGUCUUUACCGGAUUCAUCGAGUCAGUAGGCGCUCUCUAUGCGACUCGGCUCAUUUUGGGUGCUUGCGAAGCCGGGCUGUUCCCAUGCCUCAAUCUCUACCUGACCAUGGUCUACCGUCGGGAGGAGCAAGCAAAGCGUGUAUCCUAUCUAAUGAGCUGUGCUGCCAUCGCAGGAGCCGUGGGUGGCCUCUUAGCCUACGGCUUACUGCACAUGGACGGCGUUGCAGGCAAAGCGGGAUGGAGAUGGGUAUAUAUCAUUGAAGGUCUCUUCAGUAUCUUCUGCGCUUUUCUGAUCUGGUUCGGUCUACCAAACAACCCGGCUGAGUCCUACUUCCUCACUGAGGAAGAGAAAUGGAUGAUGCGGGUGCGCAACGAGCAGCGUCGCAAGUAUAUGGGAAGCGAGGAAUUUAGCUGGGAAGAAAUGCGCAUUGCCCUGAGAGAUCCGAAACUGUAUUUCAGCGGCGUCAUCCAGUUCUGUCAGGAUAUUCUCCUGUACGGAUUCAGCACUUUCUUACCCACUAUUCUCGGCGGCAUGGGCUACAGCUCCCUCAUGAGUAAUGUCUUGACCGUUCCAGUCUAUGUCUGGGCUGCUAUAGUUGCUAUUGCGGUUGCAGUCUGGUCCGACCGAAAGUCGAGCUUUGCAUUGGCCAUUUUCGCCGCGAAUAUCUUCGGCUUUGUCGGUUAUAUUCUUCUCCUCGCUGUUGGGAACACCGCUGUUCAAUACUUCGCCACUUUCCUGAUCGGUGUUACUACCUAUACAUCUGUCAGUCUUAACGUUGCUUGGCUGAAUGUGAACACUGCCCCGCAAUAUCGCCGUGCCCUAGAGAUUGGUCUCCAACAGACAAUGGGCAACUGUGCCGGUAUUGUGGCGGGCCAAGUGUAUCGCACCAAGCCAUACGUACUUGGCAACGCCUUCUCCUUGGGAUCCCUCGUAUUAGCACAAUUCACGGUGACUGGGUUUGCCUAUUACUUGCGGCGGGAGAAUAAAAUGAAGGACCAAAUUCUUAAUGGUGAGAAGGAAGAGACUCGACGGGUUCAAACCGGUGAUGGAGCACUGGACUUCAAAUAUAUUUACUAG